UCUGAUUGGUCGCCCGUGUCCCAGCGGUACUUCAAAGCCGGAGAGGACCUACAAUUGUGGUGGAAUGGGCGGAACACAUCAUUGUAUUGCACACCUCUAAAAAAACAGAGCUCUGAUUUAUAAAUAUAAAAAGAUCCUCGGAGGAGGGCACUUUUUUGUGAUGGCUACUUCACUUCUAGGGGUGAGUCUGAGGAUUUUCUUGCUGGUUUAAUUAGUUCUUUUAUUGUCCGGCGAGGGGAUUAAAAUUACUUCGGUCAGAGUAGGAAAGUCAGUCACUUGAUUAUGUUUUAAGCAAGUGGGUCGCGCGCAAGAGAGAGAAAGAGAGAGAGCCCGAAUUACAUUGACGAAAACGAGACUGGAGUGAACUUUUUCUGUCACCCACCUACUGAUGCACCCACGAUACUUGUGUCUGAUAAUCCGUAAAUCUUUUUCAUAAACUUUUACGUUUUCAUCAUAUUUUUGUUUUUGUGCGUUCUUGUUCAUUCCGACCUACAGGAGGAGCCGAGGUUAGGAUCGACUCCUUUAGCCAUGUUAGCUGCCACCUGUAACAAGAUUGGGAGUCCGAGCCCUUCGCCUUCCUCCAUUUCGGAUAGUUCCUCCUCGUUCGGGAAAGGCUUUCACCCGUGGAAGAGAGCCACCGCCAGCAGUUGCAGCCUCGGCUCUAGCCUCUCUGGUUUCGGCGUCUCAGGAGUUUCCAGAAACGGAGCCGGACUGACGGACUCCUUUGGCUCGAACAGUUCCACGGGAUCCAGUGCCUUUUCCCUGACGUCUGGCACCUCAUCUAAUUCCCACUUUGGAAACGAUUAUUCUGUUUUCCAAGCAUCUGUUUCAAACAGUUCGCAAGAGCCCAACCACCAGCCAGUUUUUAUUUCCAAGGUGCAUACAUCGGUGGACAGUUUGCAAGGUAUCUAUCCAAGAAUGAGCGUUGCGCAUCCAUACGAGUCGUGGUUCAAGUCUUCCCAUCCUGGUAUACCCACGGGGGAUGUUGGCACCACUGGUGCUUCAGCGUGGUGGGAUGUCGGAGCGGGGUGGAUUGAUGUGCAGAACCCGAAUGGGGCUGCACUGCAGACGUCCUUGCAUUCCGGGGGGCUUCAAACGUCGCUGCAUUCUCCUCUAGGGGGGUAUAAUUCCGACUAUUCCGGGUUGGGUCACUCUGCUUUCAGUACUAGCGCAUCCCCGCAUCUGUUGACUACCGGUCAGCAUCUGAUAGACGGGUUCAAGCCGGUGUUACCCUCUUACCCAGAUUCUAGCCCCUCUCCUUUAGCAGGGGCAGGUGGCACCAUGUUGACCGGAGGUCCCACGUCUUCUUUAGCAGGAUCCCCUCGGUCCUCAGCGCGACGCUAUUCAGGCAGAGCCACAUGCGACUGUCCGAACUGCCAGGAGGCAGAAAGACUGGGGCCGGCGGGAGCGAGCCUGCGUCGAAAAGGGCUUCAUAGCUGCCAUAUUCCAGGGUGCGGGAAAGUCUACGGGAAAACUUCGCAUCUCAAGGCUCACUUACGAUGGCAUACUGGGGAAAGACCUUUUGUAUGUAACUGGUUGUUUUGCGGGAAGAGGUUCACGCGAUCGGAUGAGCUUCAGCGACACCUUCGCACACAUACCGGUGAGAAAAGGUUCGCCUGUCCGGUCUGCAACAAGCGAUUCAUGCGCAGCGACCACCUCAGUAAACACGUUAAAACUCACAGCGCCGGAGGUUCCGCUGGAUCAGGCUCCGGUGGCAGCGGAGGAAAACGGGGGAGCGAUACCGACAGCGAGCACAGUGCACCGGGCAGCCCUCCUUGCCAUUCUCCGGACCUGUUGCAACAGCCUGAAUCUGUCCAGACAUCGGUCAUGAACGGCCACAAUAACUCUAUCGAAUGACUAAAAACAAGACUGUAUGGGGGGAAACAAGACUUUUCAAUGAGUUGUAAAUGUAUGUGUGCCGAAAACCUGCGGGAAAAAUCAACAAGGGUCUGUAGAAUCUCCCCCUUCAAAAAAAUGUUACGAAUGAAAUCACAUUUGGCUUUCUGGUGUGGUAAGGACUGUUUCAAUUAAAAUAUGUCGAAUAGUAUACUAUUAUCGAUCACACGGUUGUUUACAGCCUAAACAAAAGUAUUUAAAAAAACUCGAUUUAAAGACAAAAAUGGAAAACAGAUUCAAGGGGCACAACAAGCCUUUUAUUAAUAAGAUGAAAAUAUAGAGGAUAUUACGCAAGAUGAAAAGUGGCAUUUUGUCUGUAAUUUCCCGUAACCUUUCACGUUUAUACUUCACUCAGAACCAAACGGUGGCACUUUACACUAUUAGAUUUGAAAGAUGCGUCCUUAUAUGGGCUAACCUUAUCAGAUCAAAAUGAAAGUAGUGUUAUGUAAUAUUCGUAAUGUCCUUAUUUGCCUUCAUCACUUCCUUUGUGGAGUAUUUGGUGGUUAAUGUUUUUAAUUCAGGAUACACAAUGUUUUUCGCGAUUUGGGAACAUUUGGUUCGGAAAUUUUAAGUUUAUUUUUCAGACCUGUAGUAAUAGUAAGUUGCUAAAAAAUAAUAAAUAUCAACACACAAAAAUCCUGUAAUACUGGGGGAAUGUAAUCGCGUAGGUUAGCAUAUAUUACACGAUACUCAUGUAAAUGUGAGUAAUGUAUUUGUCCGGGAGACGAUUUUGUAUAGUAUUUUCUAGUUGUACAUUGCUUCUAGCAAAUAUCUGAAAAUAUAUGGGAGUGCAUUUUGAUUUUCUUUCUCUUUGUCAAGAACAAAAUGAAAAAUGUAUAUGAAUGUGGCAGUGGUAUUUAUCCUCAAGUCGGACUUGUAACUUGAGGUCUAUAAGAGAUGCACUUUGAAUUUAUUUGUAACGUUUAGAAUCAAUUUUCUUUGAUUAAGUGCAUUGUGUUUAAUCACGUUUUAUUUAAGAGAGCAUGCAGCUAUUGUAUACUGACCGUUUUAGCAAUUUGCGAUAAGUUCACAACGGAUUGGCUUUUCAGUUGAAGCCUCACAAUAAAGUCAGUGUAUUAACUGUAUAGACUCAGUUUAUUUGUUUCCAAUGAUUGAUUGACAUAUGCAAUUAUGAAGAGGUUACAACAGGCUGCAGUUACCAUUUCUACGGCAUACAUACAAUAAAUAGUGAAAAAUUGUUUCAAAUGUUUUUUUUUAUGGUUGGGGGUUAACUGAAGAAAAUGUAUAGGCUUACUUGUUACAUUCAAAGAAAGCGUUAAAGUAUCCACGCAGGCUAACCUCAAAUGAUCAACUGCUGUAAAAAUGUAAAAGCGUUAUCAUUAUUAAAAAGGUUAGUGUGGGGCAAAAUAUGACUUCACAGCUCUAUCUUAUACAUAAAACAGCACUAUGUCACUACAUAGCCACAGCUACACUCUUCUGACAUACAUUUAAAAUAGGCUACCAAAUUUCGAAUCUGUAUAGAUCCAUCUACGUACGACUAUAGGCCUACUAUUUUUGAACAAACCUCGAGGGUAUCUAGAACACAUGCUCUUUCAAAAACCUGGCUUCAGUCAUAGUGAAGUCAGGCUGUUUAACUGUUUAAAAUAACGACAGCGUGACAUUAUGCACACAACAAAUUGACGUUACAUGAAAAAUAAAAUAAAAUGAACAGGAAGGAAUGUAA